GUUCGGAAGUAUCGGAGUACGUGUGGCUAAGGUUAUCGUUCCCAUCAUUUUCGACACAUUAAAAAUGUGCUCAUCUGACGUAUUUUUCAGUGAAAAUUUCAAUCACAAUCAGUGGAACAGCAAAUGCGAAGACACUUGCCAUAUUGAUAUUGGUAAUUCUAGCCAUUCAGAGGAGGUAUGUACCGAACUAUUAGUAGGGUGCUUUUAUAUUUUUCUUACUGGAGUUUAUCAUUAUUCUACCGGUCCCAGCAAUAAUCGUUGCUUAACACAUUAGUCACUGUGACAAAAAUAAAUACGUCGACGCACUUUUGAGAGCUUCAAGUCUUGUUUUUCCUUGAUUGGCGCAAAUAUCGGUCUUACAGUAGGGUUUAGAUAUUUUCAGUUGAAGUUCCAAAGGAAGUUCGGUUCUUUUUAUGAAUUUCAGGAAACGGUGGAGACUUGUGAAAAUCAUCUUGGAUAGCUGUUGGUCAUUGGCAAUCCAGUUGUGAAUACGUAUAUUUGACAACAGCUUUUCGGCAGUGCAACGUUUUGUGGAGAUCUUUCUUUUGUAAAUAGUCCGUUUUUGUUGUGACUUGGAAAUGCCGUUGUAGUUAUCCAUGCAUUAGUGAUAGGCCCUUAUGUGCUGGCACAAAUGUGUCAGUCCAGUAUCCCACAGUACAUCAGCACAUUUAUAUGGAAUCAGGAUGAAUAGAAAGAGUUAAAAUGCUGCUAUCAAUCAUAGUAAAAUUGUUAAACAUUAGAUAAUCUAAUGUGUGAACAUAACUUGGUCGCUGACUGUCCGGCAAGAUUGUCCACUAUCUCCAAUUUUGUUUAAUUUCAUCAUAGACAUAAUUCUGGAAAUAACGCACUCAUCGUCUGAAUUCUCAAGAAUUGAUCUCCUUCAAGGAAGUCCACUUGUCGACUUAGAAUACGCAGAUGACAUAGUACUAUUUGGUGAUGAUACUGGACACUGAGUAACAAUGCCAUGAUGUUUGGGAUGCGUUUCUUCCUUUCUAAAUGCAAGUUGUUGCUACAGGACUGGUCUGCGUCAAUACCUGAACUAAGGAUAGGGAGUGAAGUAAUCGAACGCGUUGACAACUUCACUUAUCUUGGAAGUCUGAUCAGCCCUAAUGGGUUGGUGUCUGACGAAAUCUCAACACGGAUUCGAAAAGCCCGUUUGACUUUUGCCAACCCACGUCACCUAUGGCGCAGGCGAGAUAUCCGUCUAUCAAUUAAGGGACGAGUAUACUGUGCGGCAGUUCGUUCUGUCCUACUUUACGGGUGUGAAGCGUGUCCCAUAAGAGUUGAAGUUACUCGUAAGCUACUAGUAUUUGACCACAGUUGUCUCAGAAAUAUUGCUCGCAUCUCCUGGGAUCACCGGGUAAGUAAUAGUGAGGUUAGACGCGGGGUAUUAGGGAACGAUGGUAAAUCAGUUGAUAAGGUCGCGAAUCUUCAUCGACUGAAAUGGUUGAGCCACGUGUUACGUGUGCCCGAACACCGAUUACCACGACGUGCAAUGCUAACUGGUGUUGGAAAUGGUUGGGAGAAAGUUAGGGGCGGCCAAACCCGAACGUGGCAUCAGUCCUUGAAGUCACUAACCUGUAGUCUGAGCCAUGUUGAGAGAUGCAGACUACUUAGUCGGGGUCCGUGUGACUGCCGUAACCAAUGGUUGGAGACUCUUGGUGACAUGGCUCCGAAUCGAUCACAAUGGCGUCGGUGUAUACACUCUUUGUCUUCCUUUAAACCGUGAGAUUAAAAUGGCUUUAUACGUUUCUUUCUACGAACUGAUUUUUUCUUUAUGUAUUACAUCCUUAUAUGCAAUCUUUCUUAUAGAUUACUACCAUUGAAGUAACUACUUCUAUGGAUUCGGUGUUCAUCUUAUUGUGCUAACGAGUUGUGGCAACUUCGAUCGGUGGACAUAUGUGCCUGGUCCUACUUUUUAUCUGACUAAUCACCUAGUUUAUGAUACCUUUGACUCAUUUCUACUCAUCAUUCAUUGUGUGAAACCUAGUUAUUCGCAACUGUAUAACUGUAGUCAACACUUAUUUGAUUUUUUUAUCUCUGUAUUAUUUUUUCUGUUGCACCGGAUGAUUUUUGUUUUUGUUUAUCAUACUGUUCUAUUGUGCAGCGUGAAUUUUUUUUAAGUUCAUAAUAUGAUUCAAUCAUAAUAAUAUUUGACGAUUGUAGCUUAUAUUUUUGAGAAAACUUUAUUUCGUUAUCAUUACUAUUUGACUGUUUCUUUAUGUCAGCAAUUUGAAUCUGAAUUGGAGGCUAUGAAUAAUAGUGACUUGUCUUCGGUCAGAAAUUUAGAAUUACAAUUAGCUGCCUGCAAUCGAAUUGUUUCUCUGUUAUAUAAUCGUCUUUCGACAGAUCACUUCCAACUAGUACAAUUAUUAAAUAAUUUGAACGAGUGUGGUGAUUCAGUUUCUGUUACUUUGUCAACUUUAUCCCAACUUAAUCCACAUCCUAGUGUUUUAGACGUAUGUUCUAAUGUAACAUCAACACAUAGUCAAUUAAAACAUAUUCAGUCUCUCUUGCUAUCCCGUGAACAAGAUGCCUCAGAUAAUUUGAAAAUCAUUUAUACAUUCCAACAAAAAUUAGAAGAACGCAUUAAACAAUGCAAAAUCAAAGCUCAAAAUUCACUUAAAACUGCUAAACACAAUUCUGUUCAAACUGAUUCUAUAUCAAAGAAUGAACACCUUAAUCAGCAAACGUUUUCCGAUCCAAAGCCUAAUGGAUUUAAAAAUUCAGGAGAAAUUAAAUACGAAACUUUAUUAAAAUAUGGACUGGUUAAUCCAAGGAAUGUUCUCAAUCGUACACUAAAACAUUCAGGUUUUUCUGAAUCCGUUGAGCCAAGGAAGUGUGAAUUACAAGAAGCUUUAUUGAAUGCAGUUGGUCAACUGGAUCGUUUAAGAAAAUACCGUAUAAAUCAAAAAACACGUAUUGAUCAAUUACAAGAACGAUUAGAUCAUAUGGGUACUGAACUGGAUUCCAGUGUGGAUACUAUUCGUCAUCAUCAAACAAAUUAUGAAGCACAAAAACGUAGAACCUCUAUGGAGAUUACUCAUUUACGUAAUCAAUUAGCUAAAGCAACUGCUUUAUUAGAACAGUUCAAAUUAUUCUUCAGUAAAACAAAUCUGAACACUAGUUCUUUGAACCAAAAUAUGCGAGUUCUCAUUGGGAAUCUACUAAAACAUUUACACACAAACAAUGAACUGCAAGAUAUAGAUACUUUAAGUAUCGAUGAUUUAAAACUGAAAUUAUCUAUUGCUCAAAAUGAGCUUACUCAAUUACGAUUAGAUAUGGCACGUCAAAGAGAAGAUGAUGAUCGUGAGGCAUCAAGACUUCGGGGUCAGUUAGCUGAAGCAAGUUCAGAUGCAAGAGCUUUACGCAUGCAGUUGAAUCGCCUUGUAUCACAAAGCAUUUCUUCAAGCAAACUUAAUGGUUUGACGAAUACAAACUCAUCUGACUCCUCAAGCUGUACAAAUUGUCAAAAACUUCAACGUCUCAACGAUGUUUUACAACGUAAACAAUCUAAAAUGAACCCGUUUCCAGAUUUAAUCAAUCAAGGGAAUAUAAUAAAUCAUCAGAAUUUUGUUUGUGAGGACAGUACCUUUACGAAGAAAGCAAUACACAAGCCACAUUUUAAAGACAGUUUCGCUCAAACAGAUUUGUUGAAUGAUAUUCCCGCAACUGAUUUUAUCCAAAAGGUUGAUAUAGCUAUUGACCCUAUUGAUCGAUACGAUAACAUCUCACAUCUCCCGGUUAAAAAUUGUAAAUAUGUUCAAACGGAAUCACUCAUCAUAGGCAAUGAUAUAACUUCAUGCGAAACUUCAGCCGGUGUAAUUUUGAUGGAUGGAAGUUUAAAAUAUGGUAGUGUGAACGAACCAAGCAUCCCAAGUGAGGUUCAAUUAAAUAAUCUUCAUGUAUUCAAUAAAUCGGCACCAGUAUCAUUAAUGGGAAAUGACAAUGAAGCAGUAAUAAAUAGUUAUCAAAAUUCGAUGCUUCAUUCAAUUAGUGAAUUAAAGCAUGAUAACUUGGUUAACCCGAACCAAAGUGUUGAUGAAGAUUCGUUAUAUCCUCAGUUGUUACAGCGGAUAAAAGUAGCUGAGGAGGAAGCGAUUAUGGCUAUGGAUCAGUUGAAGGCAAGUAAUGCAGAGUUUCUUACUUUGAAAGAACGCUUAUCCCAUGCAACUGUAGAACGUGCACAUUUAAAAGCAACCAUUGAAGGAUUGGAUGAACAGGUCGCGUUACUUGAAGACUCUUUGUAUGAGCGUACACAAGAACUUCGUAGAAGUCAAAUACUUCUUGGAAAAUAUUGUCCAACGUAUCAAAAGCCUGUGACAUCAUAUUCUGUUGAACCUGAAAUACCGACAUCGGAAAUAUCUAUUAAAAUACAUGAACCAAACAAUAAUUAUACAGCCGAAUCGGCAGUUGUUGAUUUGAGAGGUUUUCCUCAGUCUUUUGAACCUACAGAAUCAUUUCUACGUUCUCUACCCAUCAGAUUUAAAUCCUUACAUAAACUAAUUAACCUAAAGGAUUGGCUAUCUGUUUUAUUGAAGCAGUUGGUUGUACGUAGUCAACAACUAACACCCAGAAUGUCUAGUGGUAUAAGAUUUACCUCAUUUCGUCUGCAAAGUCAACCUAGACCUAAAGUAAUGUUUAUAUUCUUGACUUAUUUCUUUGUUGUACAUCUAAUGCUAUUACAUUGUUGGUUAUUGUAAAUAUCUUGGUAUUUUCUUCCUCUCUCUAUCACUAUUCUCUAUUUCUCUGUACAAUAUUUCGCUUGAUGUAUUAUUUUCAGUUAUCAUCUCUCUGAUUAUUUAAUAUGAAUUCUUUUUUGCCAAUAGCCAUUGUGAUAUGUCUCCACUUUCUUCUUACAAACUUAGAGACUCUGUCCAUUCUACCAAUUGACCACUUUUUAAAUCCUCGCUGUGAAAUCUUUGAAUUCCUAUUCUUCAUGAUUUGAUGUUACUACUUUAUUUGUCUGCAAACCUGUGUUAAUUUUCUUUUUUUAUGUCAAAUGAAUUUAUCAAUAAAGUAACAUACAUAUUUAU